GCCAGCCUAGGCUUGCACUGCAGAGGUGGCAGAAGUGGCCCUCGCCUGUGGUCUCGGUUCUGCUUGUGCGCGACUCUGGCACCAUGGAGGGGACCCAAGAAGCUCUGAGUGGGAAAAUGCGGCUCCUUUUCACCCCUGCUGCUCGGACCAGCCUCCUGAUGCUCAGACUCAACGAGGCGGCACUACGGGCGCUGCAAGAGUGUCAGCAGCAACAGGUACGGCCAGUGAUCGCUUUUCAAGGCCACCGAGGGUAUCUAAGGCUCCCAGGCCCUGGAUGGUCCUGCCUCUUCUCCUUCAUAGUCUCCCAGUGUGGCCAAGAGGGCACCGGUGGUGGCUUGGACCUUGUGUACCAACGCUUAGGCAGAUCUGGGCCUAACUGUCUCCACUGCCUGGGCUCACUGAGAGAGAGACUCACUAUUUGGGCAGCCAUGGAUACUAUCCCAGCUCCACUGUUAGCUCAGGAACACCUGACUGAAGAUCCCAGAGAGUCUGAGAGUUGGCAGGACACAGGAGAUGAAUCUGAAGGCCAUCCCCAGAGAGCACUAGAAGAGGUGUCUGGCCCACUGGCAAGCAACCAUGGACAGUCACUCCCAGGAUCCUCCAGUGAGCCCAUGGCACAAUGGGAAAUGAGGAACCACACCUAUCUUCCACACAGAGAGCAGGACCAGCCACUGCCUUCCCCUGCCAGCCAGAAAUGCCUGGACAAGAAACGUUCAGCACCUAUAAGCACUGAAGAACCAGAGGAAAAGAGGCCCAGAACUUUGCCUCUAGGCUCAAGUCCACUACAAGGCCUAUCAAAUCAGGAAUCACAAGAGGGAGAGGACUGGGCGCAAGAUGAAGAUGAAGACAGAGAUUCCAGGCUGGAGCAGAGUCUCUCGGUUCAAGCAGCCUCUGAAUCCCCAAGCCCCGAGGAGGUACCAGAUUAUCUCCUGCAAUACAGAGCCAUCCACAGCGCCGAGCAGCAGCAGGCCUAUGAGCAGGACUUUGAGACAGACUAUGCUGAAUACCGAAUCCUACAUGCCCGUGUCGGGGCUGCCAGCCAAAGGUUCACAGAGCUGGGGGCGGAGAUCAAGAGACUUCAGCGAGGAACUCCGGAACACAAGGUGCUAGAAGAUAAAAUAGUGCAAGAGUAUAAAAAGUUCAGAAAGCGGUAUCCCAGCUACAGGGAAGAGAAGCAUCGCUGUGAGUACCUGCACCAGAAACUGUCCCACAUUAAAGGUCUCAUCCUGGAAUUCGAGGAAAAGAACAGAGGCAGCUGACACUACCCAGGACUCUUAGCCUGUCCCCAGUGAUGAAGGAAACAGCUCCAAGGUGGAGCACAUCUGCUUUUCUGAUUUUGACCCUUCCGUUCAUGGUGGCAAGUAGUCAUACUAGGUUACUGCAGUUGGACUUCGUUGUUGCCGUACAUUUCUAGGGUGUGGGCAGUCAAGUCUCCUGGGCUGUGCCCAGGAGACUAGAAAAGUAGCAGACACUUGGCUUCUUCACCUUUACUUCAGUUGUUUUCAGAUCCUGAAAAAUGACAUUUCCAGGUCGACACACACUUUGGGAACGUUGGACAAGUGAGUUUAGCCGAGUGGCCUGGUGGGAACAGAAUGAGAACCUCUGGUGUUAUAGCGUACCUAGAUGUAAGGGGAAGGGCUGUGUUGCUCAUGUACUAUAACAUGGCUGAAAAAUGAAAACCAACUGCUUCUGUGUCUUGUGUGAUCAUUAACCUUCAUCACCCAAGGCAGUGCUGUGGAUCUGACUUCCUUUGAGACUCUGAGAGACUGAGUCCCCAUGUUCCAGCCCGAGAGUUAUGAACUGGAGUCUCCAAGAUUAUGGUCAUCUUUACUGUGCUCAUAUCGGCUAGACAUAUGCUCUACCACUAAGCAACACUACCUUCCCCCACCUCCAACAUGUUUUUAAAACAUUAUGUAUGACCCAGAUGUACAAUUUGUUAUCAGGCUUUACCAAAAACAUAUUGAAAAAACAGGGAUUAUACUAAUGUUUCAUUUUGUGUGUUUAGAGACACAUAGAAUUAAAGCUUACAUAUCUAGAAUUAUCCAGGGCUGAAAGUUACAAUUAUGGACAAGAGUCUGAUUUAGCUAUA